AUGGCUAAAAAUAUUGUACAUCUUAAAUAUUAUAAUAUAAAUAACUACAUAAUAAAAUUAUUAUAUAAAAAGAAAUUUCCUGAACUGAAAAAAAUUAUGGAAAAUGAAAGACACCAUAUUGAUAGUGUGACGACUGGCAAUUGUAGUUCAUUUUCAGAAGAUAAAUAUAAACGUUUUAAAAAUUGUGUUCAAAAAAUAUGUAAAGAAGUGGAAUAUUAUCAGCAAAUUGUUGUAAGAAACUAUAGGGAUGAAUUAUCCGAAUACCCUUGCAUAUUUUUGUAUUAUAGGCUAUAUUUUUAUAAUCCUGAUACUAAAAAAUAUGUGAGUGAAGUUAAAAGUCUUUAUCAAAAAUUGAUCGAAGAUCUUGAUUUAACCAAUUGUACCGCAGGAGUAAAAAGUUAUUACAGUACUAUUACAGAUGAUGAAAUGUUAAAGCUUAAAGAUCUGCAUGACAUGUACACUUAUCUAAAUAAUAGUGGUUCUGAUAAUGAUGAUGAAUGCAAUGAUGUCAAUAAAUGCGCUCAACUAUAUUUUCAAUAUAAGAAUUCAUGUGAAUCCAGUAGUUACUCUGAUUUUUGUAAUGAAUUAAAAAAUGUUAGGGAUAAAUAUAAUGAAAUAAGAACAUUAAAAAGGAAACGAAAUAAAUGGAAUAAUAUAGAUGAAGAUUAUAAUAUAUUCCAAUCGUACAAAAAUGUGAGAAGUGCUACUAUGAAAAGUAGACACCACAUUUUUUAUAAUAAAGUCUAA